AUUACUCAAAUUUUACUUCCAUUCAUCUUCUCUCUCCUCUCUCCUCUCUCCUGCCAUCAAUUUUCUUCGAUUUGUUGAUCUGCUUCACGGGAAUACCUGCUUUGAUUCUCAUCUUCUUUUCUUCAUCUUUUCGACUUUUCAAUGUAUCGCCGACUAAUAUUUAGAGAAAAUCAACACUUGAACCACAACUUACUACUUACCAUAUGAUUGCUUGAAAAGGAAGAUGAGCUUUAAUUUUUGACAUAGAAAAUUAGUGAUUCUUGUUAGUUGUUUUUUGUCUGGAGUGACCUAGAUUUGCUUCGAUUUUUAAUAUGGGUGGGUGUUUUCCUUGUUUGGGAUCAUCCAACCAAGCUAACAAUGGCGAUAAAGAAGCAUCUAACAAGGAUGCUGAUAAAGAUAGCUCAAUUGUUCCAUCCCAUCAACUGGGAAAAGUUAAUUCAGAUAAAUCAAAGUCGCACAAUGGUGUUGAUCCGAAGGAGCCACUUGUUUCAAAGGAUGGAUCAGCUCCUCAUAUUGCUGCACAAACAUUUACAUUCCGGGAGCUUGCAGCUGCCACAAAGAAUUUUAGACCCGAGUGCUUGCUUGGUGAAGGAGGUUUUGGACGUGUUUACAAGGGUCGCUUGGAGAGUACUCGACAGGUAGUUGCAGUGAAACAACUUGACCGAAAUGGUCUUCAAGGAAACAGAGAAUUUUUGGUUGAAGUUCUUAUGCUUAGUCUUUUGCACCAUACCAACCUUGUCAAUUUGAUUGGGUAUUGUGCUGAUGGUGAUCAACGGCUUCUUGUAUAUGAAUACAUGCCAUUAGGUUCAUUGGAGGAUCAUUUACAUGAUUUACCUCCGGGCAAAGAACCUCUUGAUUGGAACACACGUAUGAAGAUUGCAGCUGGUGCUGCCCAGGGCUUGGAGUAUUUGCAUGACAAAGCAAAUCCUCCAGUUAUAUACCGGGAUCUAAAAUCAUCGAACAUCCUUCUAGAUGAAGGAUAUCAUCCGAAAUUAUCUGAUUUUGGACUUGCAAAAUUGGGUCCUGUUGGAGACAAGACUCAUGUCUCCACUCGGGUCAUGGGAACAUAUGGUUACUGUGCUCCUGAAUAUGCUAUGACUGGCCAACUCACAUUAAAGUCUGAUGUGUACAGUUUUGGAGUAGUUUUUCUUGAACUCAUCACAGGGCGUAAGGCCAUUGAUAACACUCGAGCACCCGGAGAGCAUAAUCUUGUUGCUUGGGCACGCCCUCUUUUCAAAGAUCGUAGAAAGUUUCCCAAAAUGGCGGAUCCUCUGCUGCAGGGACGAUAUCCGAUGCGAGGUCUUUACCAAGCUCUUGCAGUUGCGGCAAUGUGUUUACAAGAACAAGCUGCGACUAGGCCUCUUAUUGGCGAUGUCGUGACCGCUCUUACAUAUUUGGCUUCACAAACCUAUGAUCCAAAUGCACCUAAUAGCCAGAGCAGUAGAGUGAGUUCUUCCACACCCCGGAGUCGAGAUGAUCGGAGAAGCUAUGGUGAUAGUCUAGAUAGUCCAGAUAGGCGCGCACCCCGUCUCAGUUCUCCUUCCGCGCUAAGGAACUCUCCAGACUUCAGAAAGAGAAACCAUGUUCGAGAACUGAGUACAGGUGCUGAGUUAGGCAGGAGUGAAAUGGGAGGUAGGUCAGGGAGGAGGUGGGGCUUGGAUGACCUAGAAAGGCAGGAAUCACAGAGGGGAAGUCCUGCUAGUGCAGGAAGAACUCCUAGGAAUCGAGAUAUAGAUAGAGAACGAACCGUUGCAGAGGCGAAAGUAUGGGGUGAGAAUUGGAUAGACAAAAAACGGGCAAAUACUAUGGGUAGUUUUGACAGCUCAAAUGAGUAGCUCAACUUAAAUUCACGGUCAAAAUUUGCACGAGGCAAAGGAAAAACUAUGAUGAUAGGGAAAGGAUAAGAAAGAUCUUUUACUUUCUCGAUUUCCAUUUUUCCCCAAGCAAUAAGAGUAGUUAUUGUAUACCACCUUCGACUAUUGGUUGUUAAUUAAGGAGGGAGGAAAUGUGUAUGCUUAGUGGUUAAGAUGGUGGUGAUGCAGUUGAUGAUUAAGAGGGUUUAGGGUCUGUCGAUGGUUUUGAGCAUUGACAGAUUUCUCCGUCCUUUAAAUAUUUUCAUGUAUCUAGGGAUUAGCACGUACAGUUAAGAGAACCACUUCGGGAAGGUGCUUGAAUCUGCCCCACAUAAUAUUGGUGGUGCAUAAUGGGGAGGAAGACAGACGUAGACGUAGCGGGUCUGGUUUUUCGGGUGUCUCACUGCUCAAUCACAUCUGUGUAUUCGGUACAGGUUUCUAUUUUUUUCUUUUUCUUGUAAUUCUUUCCGACAAAAUUUAUGAGUCAAUCAUGUUCUUGGUCGCUCUCACUUUCCAUGAAAACCACAGUUGUAUGCCUGUACUCUGCAUAUAUCCCUCGUUAUUGGUUUAUCGCCUUAUUCAUUUGCAUUGCAUUACAUUGGUUUUAAAUUCAUUUGGCACUUGUGUGUUAUCUAUACAAGUAACCGCUCAUUAGAUUUCAUUAAUCAAUGGACUUUAGUGAUCAAGUAUAUCUAAAAAGCUCUCAAUCUAAUUUGCGUAAUAUAGCAAAUUGACACAAAUUCAAAGAGGCAGGAAAAUAUGGGAUCUAAGCUAGUGAGAAAAAACCAUGAUUUAACAGUUAUACGAUGUAGAUGUAAUAGUGGGUCGAACUCCAAAGUUUAAAAGUAUUACGCUAAUCAAUUAUAAGGAUAGCUAUAUCGUAUGUAACAAUUAAUUUAUAAAAUUAACCAUAAGUAUUAAUAAGAAUUAAACUAUAUGACAAAUAUUUCCUUAAAAUGCAUUGUAACAUCACCAUUCUUGGUUUAGGAAUUGGAGAUUGAUAUUUAUCAUCUACUUCGGCUUCAAAUAAUUUUAAAUACAUGUUCACAUUCAAUUCCAAUUACCA